CUCAACCAACCCAAGCCCGUUUAGCUUUUUCAACUUCCAAAUCUCUGGAGAUCUAGCGGUGAAAGACAGAAGGCCGAAGCUGCUGCCUGCUAAGAAGAAGAAUGGCAUAACUGUAAAGCAGCGGAUGUUAAUGGCGGACUGAUUACUACUGAAAGAGUGCGAGAGAGUGACAGAGACAGCAAACGCAAAGACCGUUCUCCGUCGCUAUAGCUGCAGAUCGCGGAGCACGAUGAAAUGGUACUUCGUCGCUGCCCUUCUCACCGUUCUAACUAGCUCUCAGGGGAUCUUGACUACUCUGUCUCAAACUAAGGGAAGCUAUCUCUAUGACUAUGCAACAGUUCCAUUUCUGGCAGAGUUCUUUAAGCUGGUCGUUUCUGGUUUACUUUUAUGGCGAGAAUUUCGCGUAUCACCAUCCACAAGGAUAACCACUGAAUGGAAGACUGUGCGGUUGUAUCCAAUUCCGUCCAUCAUAUACCUGAUUCAUAACAAUGUUCAGUUUGCUACACUCACUUAUGUAGACACCUCCACGUAUCAGAUAAUGGGCAAUUUGAAGAUUGUCACCACUGGGAUAUUAUUCAGGUUGUUUCUUAAGAGGAAGCUGUCUAAUCUCCAAUGGAUGGCAAUUAUGCUGUUGGCUGUUGGAACGACCACUAGCCAGGUUAAGGGUUGUGGAGAAGCUUCCUGCGAGUCUCUGUUUUCAGCUCCAAUUCCAGGUUACAUGCUGGGCGCCCUCUCUGCUUGCCUCUCUGCAUUGGCUGGCGUUUACACAGAGUUCCUAAUGAAGAAGAAUAAUGAUAGCUUGUACUGGCAGAAUGUACAAUUGUAUACGUUUGGAGUGUUAUUCAACAUGGCAAAGCUUAUAGUAGAUGAUUUCCAAAGUGGAUUUGAAAAUGGGCCGUGGUGGCAGCGUCUCUUUAAUGGAUACACCACAACCACGUGGCUGGUUGUGUUGAAUCUUGGCUCGACUGGUUUGUUGGUUUCAUGGUUGAUGAAGUAUGCUGAUAAUAUUGUGAAGGUCUAUUCCACAUCCAUGGCAAUGCUGCUGACGAUGGUUUUAUCAGUGAUCCUGUUUUCCUUUAAGCCUACACUUCAGCUCUUCUUGGGUAUCAUCAUAUGUAUGAUGUCACUUCACAUGUAUUUUGCCCCUCCACACGUGCUUGUGGACUCGCCGCCUACACCCAAACCUGCUCCCGAGGCCCUAAAAGAAGUUUCUAUCGAUCGAAAGGCCGAUUCCUGACAGACUCUGACCUCACUGGCAACCAUUUGUGUUUGGGACCAUCUCAUUUUAUGUAGCAUUUCAAACCGGCGAAUGACGUUCCAACUCCAUGUUCCAUCGGGAAGCAAUAUUGUUCUUCAGAAUUGGCAAAGCCUCUGAAAAUUACAAGCCAUCUGGAGAGCGUUUUUUGGGGGAUAAGAUCCAAACAAAGUGCGAGAUAGAUCCAUCACAAACAGAGUACCAUAGAGAAUUAGAUUAGCUUAAGUUGUAAUAUCUAUGUAGGAAAUUAUGCUUUUUCUUGUCAGUGAACAUUGAUGAUACACUACAGUCAUCAAAAUUAAUUGUAACUGCUAAUGGUACAUGGCAUACCUCUCGUUGUUUUGGCUUUCAUUCUUUGUUGCAAUUACGCGAAAGAAAGUGUACACUUGUACAGUGACUAGUGAAUGAAAACCAAGGAAUGUA